CGCAACAAUAGCGCGGUGUUUGAAAAUAACAUUUAUGUUUGUAUUUCGGCUCUGUGUCCACACCUAUACCUACUUAACACUACCCGUUUACUAUGUGCUACAAAAACCAUACAAAACACUACAGCUAUGUCAGUAUCAACGGGCUGUCCAACUGAACCCCAACGACCCGUAUUCCCCGUGGAUCCGGUGCCAGGAAACCCGAUUUCAUCCGUUGACCACAAGCGAGUCGGUUGGCGAUGCCAUGCAACUCAUGCGCCGACUCUAUCCACUGGACAGACAAUGUGUCGGCUAUCGGACAGUUAUCGCGGAAACUGUUUGCCGAGACAGUAGCGGUCAAGCCAUGCGUUUGGACGGUAAAGUGUUGCGAAAAGUACGGUUAAGUCCAUAUGUAUGGAUGACCUAUCGUGAAGUGUUCGAUACAGUCGACUGUGUAUCCAAAGCACUGGUAGCUAAUGGAGUUGUAAGAGGAGAUAAAAUUGUAUGCCUAACGGAAACAUGUGUGGAUACAUUGAUAUUUUAUCAGGUGGCCAUCAAAAUUGGUGCAGUUAUUGUUACAGUGUUUGCUACACUAGGAGAGGAUGGUAUCUCUCAUUGCAUCAAUGAGACCAAUGCUUCAUACAUAUACACAACAUAUGAUUUACUGCCAACAGUUGGAAAACUUUUAGAAAAUUGUCGGAAACUUUCGACAGUAAUAUAUGUUGAUAACAAUUCCCAGACAAUUAACACAAAUAAUAAAACCCAAUUUGCAUCACAUAUCAAACUAUGGCCAAUAUCCAGAUUACAGGCACAGGGAUUACACUUGACUAUGGAUCUGAGCACUUGGCUACUGGAUCCUGAUCAGUUGCAAAUUAUAUCCUAUACAUCGGGAACUACUGGCCAACCGAAAGGCAUACAAAUGACAUCCAAACAGAUGGUAAGCGCCGGCAUAUCGGCAUCGGCUGUGAUGGAAAAAUUUAUGGAUGAGCCAGAAAAACAUAUAUACAUUGCUUAUCUGCCGCAAUCGCAUUCACUCGAGUUGUCCAUCGAAUUGUAUGCAUUUAUGGGCGGCUGUCCUAUCGGUUUCGCCACACCGUUUACUUUGAACGAUUCAGCACCGGGUCUGGCACCGGGCGAAACAUGCGACUUGAAGCUACUGAAGCCCACAAUUAUGGUAACUGUUCCGCUAGUAUUGGAUCGCAUGCGAAAGGAGAUAUACCAUAAACUCAGAGCACGGACACCAGUGUCAGCCCCUAUAUUCACAUUUCUAAUGAAAUACAAAAGCUAUUGGACAGCAAAAGGUUACGACUGUCCCAUUGUUAACAGUUUGGUGUGUCCUAAAGUAAGGGUACAGUUUGGUGAUCGACUGGAGCAUAUGGUGGUCGGCGGAGCCGCUCUGUCGCCCGAUUUGCAGCGUAUGAUUAAGUCGGCGCUCGACAUAACCCUUGUCCAGGGAUACGGCACUACCGAAACUUUUGGCGCCGUCCUCUGUAUGGACGAUCGAGACUUGUCAUGGGAUCGAUGCGGUGCUCCUCUAAAGGACGUUCUCGUCCGACUAGACGAUUGGCCCGAAGGUGGCUAUACGGCCAGCGAUCAGCCUAAUCCGCGCGGCGAGUUGAUUGUCGGUAGUCGUGGUGUGGCCAUCGGCUACUUCAAUAACCCGAAACUUACAACCGAGUCGUUUAUUGAUGAUCUCAACGAUUCAAGUGUCCGCUGGUUUCGUACGGGAGAUAUCGGCGAAGUGUUUGCCGACGGAACCGUCAAAAUUAUUGACCGCAAAAAAGAUUUAAUUAAACUAUCAAAUGGAGAAUACUUUUCAUUGGGAAAAAUUGAGUCGUGUCUGAAAAACUGUACACUAGUCGACAACAUAUGCAUUGUAGGUAAGGCCUACAGAGACUACCUGAUCGCACUGGUCAUACCUAAUCAAAAAUCAUUGCAACAAUUGGCACAACACCUUAAACUAUCUCAUCUGUCGGACGUUGAUCUCUGUACGAACAGUGCGAUUGUCGAUGCCGUCCAUCGGGACAUAAUUGAAUCGGGUCGCGAGUAUAAGCUCAACAAACGCGAAAUACCCGUAAAAAUUAUGAUCUGUUCCGAGGAGUGGACACCCGAUAACGGUAUGCUGACUGCAGCCAUGAAGUUAAAGCGCUUGAAGAUUACCACCAGAUAUGCCAAAGAUAUUGAGACAAUGUUUGGUGUUUUAUAA